AUGUCAGCAGAUUACUGGAACUCUUCGCAACGAAGUCGGUGGCAGUUCACACGGUACUCACUCUUGGAGGCACGAAGGAAACUUUUAUUUCUUGAGCGCAGGAUGAUUCAAAAUGGCCUAAUCAGAGAUUACCCAAACAUUGUAUACGAUUACAACAUGAGAAUAUACCUACACAAUCUCCUACUCAAACUUGGUCGACGGAUGAAUGUCCGACAAAUUGCCAUUGCCACUGCCGAAGUAUACCUUUCUCGAUUUCUUACGAGGGUAAGUUUAAAAGAGAUCAAUGUGUAUUUACUUGUCACCACAUGUCUUUAUGUCGCAUGUAAAAUCGAAGAGUGCCCGCAGCAUAUUCGAUUGAUACUUUCAGAGGCUAGAAAUAUUUGGUCAGAGUAUAUUCCUCAUGAUGUGACAAAGUUGGCUGAGUUUGAGUUUUAUCUAAUAGAGGAAAUGGACUCAUAUAUGGUGUUGCACCAUCCAUAUAAACUGUUGAUCCAACUACGGGACUUUUUAGAGACAAAAUACGAAGUUUAUGGUUUCAAAUUAUCGGAAGAAGAGAUGCAAAACUCAUGGAGUUUGAUCAAUGAUAGUUAUAUCACUGAUUUACACUUGUUAGUUCCACCACAUAUAAUUGCCGUUGCAGCUAUAUACAUUACAGUUGUGUUGAAAAAGAAUUUGGCCCAAUUGCGAAAUAAAACUAGUCCUAGCGGUAUUUCUUCUCUGAUGUCCACAAUGGUGACAAGUACAAAGAAUAAUACCUUGGACAACAGUGGAGCUGGAUCAUAUUCUACAAAGGGAGUUUCACAGAAUUCAAUAACGCCUGAGAUGCUAAACUCUUUAACUGAUGGCGUAGAAUCAGGAACGGGGUCAGGGCUAGGGUUAGGAGAGUCAGAGGGAGGAGGUUUAUCCAAUGAAGGGACUGGAGUCGCAGGUGUAGGUGAUUCUGGCGUGAAUGUCAAGAAUUUACAAAUUGAUAAAGGUAACAAGACUACCCCAUCACCAACAAUUCUUUCUGACCAUCAUUUGCUGGCUGAUUCUUUGCAAGCAGCAGGUCAUAAGCAAGAACCUCGACUGCAGCUUCCAAAGGCUAAAGGAAUGUCAAACCUGGAUUUUGUCAAUUUUGAAGUCGACAUUUUGGAUGAGGACACGAUAAAUAUCCACAAGUUUAUGAACUUUUUGGAACAUUCGCAUAUUAACUUGGAUGAAGUGGUUGAGGCUGUGCAAGAUAUGGUGGGCACGUACGUAUUGUGGAACCGAUACAAUGAGCAAGGUGUCAAGAAGGCACUACAGAUUAUGCUACUACGAAGAUGA